GGAUAAAGGUCCCACGGCUGCUGCCCCUCCACCAUCCUCUGCCCCUCUGCCUGCCCCGUGAGACACGUCAGAUCACAGUGCGGCCAUGUCUCAGCUGGUAGAGUGUGUCCCCAACUUCUCAGAGGGGAACAACCAGGAGGUGAUUGACGCCAUCUCCAGAGCCAUCACGCAGACCCCAGGCUGUGUGCUCCUGGAUGUAGAUGCCGGCCCCUCUACCAACCGCACAGUCUACACCUUCGUGGGGCAGCCGGAGUGUGUGGUGGAGGGUGCCCUCAAUGCCGCCCGUGCAGCCUCGCGGCUCAUUGACAUGAGCAGGCACAAAGGAGAGCACCCUCGAAUGGGCGCCCUGGACGUCUGUCCCUUCAUCCCUGUGCGUGACGUCAGCAUGGCUGAUUGCGUGCUCUGUGCGGAGGCCUUCGGCCAGCGGCUGGCGGAGGAGCUGGACGUGCCGGUGUACCUGUACGGCGAGGCGGCACGGACGGUCAGCCGCCGGACCCUGCCGGCCAUCCGGGCGGGGGAGUACGAGGCUCUUCCUGAGAAGCUCAAGAAGGCCGAGUGGGCUCCUGACUUCGGCCCCAGCUCCUUUGUCCCCAGCUGGGGGGCCACCGCCACAGGGGCACGGAAGUUCCUCAUUGCAUUCAACAUCAACCUGCUCAGCACCAAGGAGCAGGCGCACCGCAUUGCUCUCAACCUGCGGGAGCAGGGCCGUGGGCAGGACCAGCCAGGACGUCUGAAAAAGGUUCAGGGCAUUGGCUGGUACCUGGAGGAGAAGAGCCUGGCUCAAGUGUCCACGAACCUCCUGGACUUUGAGGUCACGGGGCUGCACACAGUCUAUGAGGAGACCUGCAGGGAGGCCCAGGCGCUGAGCCUCCCGGUGGUGGGCUCGCAGCUGGUGGGCCUGGUGCCCCUGAGAGCGCUGCUGGACGCCGCGGCCUUCUACUGUGACAAGGAGAACCUCUUCGUCCUGGAGGAGGAGCACCGUGUCCGGCUGGUGGUGAGCAGGCUGGGGCUGGACUCGCUGUGCCCUUUCCACGCCAAGGAGCGCGUCAUUGAGUACCUGGUCCCUGAUGUCCAGGCCCAGCACAGCUUGCUUGAUCGGCCCCUGCACACCUUUGUCCGCGACGUGGGUGCCCGCUCAGCGGCCCCUGGGGGAGGCUCAGUGGCUGCGGCCUCUGCAGCCAUGGGCGCAGCUCUGGCCUCCAUGGUGGGGCAGAUGACCUACGGGCGCCGUCAGUUCGAGCACCUGGACGCGGCCAUGCGGCGCCUGAUCCCGCCCUUCCACGCGGCCGCAGCGCAGCUGACCGCCCUGGUGGACGCCGACGCCAAGGCCUUCACCACUUGCUUGGAAGCAAUGAAGUUGCCCAAGAACACAGCUGAGGAGAGGGACAGGCGAGCGGCUGCCCUGCAGGAGGGGCUGAGGCGGGCGGCUGGGGUGCCGCUGGCGCUGGCGGAGACGGUGGCCUCACUGUGGCCAGCGCUGCAGGAGCUGGCCCUGUGCGGGAACCUGGCCUGCCGCUCCGACCUGCAGGUGGCGGCCAAAGCCCUGGAGACGGGCGUGUUUGGGGCGUACUUCAACGUGCUGGCCAACCUGAAGGACAUCAGUGACCCUGCACUCAAGGACCAGACCCACCAGCGCAUCUCCAGCCUCCUGCAGGAAGCUAAGACGCAGGCAGCACUGGUCCUGGACCACCUGGAGGCCCGGCGGGAAUGACAGCGAGAGACUGAGGGCUAUGGCUGUGACCUCCGUCCUGCCGGGACCUGAUGGGCUCCUACAUGGGCCACAGGGCGAAGACAGGUGCCACGGAUGGGGCGGGGUCCCCCUUGGUCGCCUGUGGCCUCCAGUAAAGUCUGA